AUGGCCUUAUGGCAAGCCAACAAGUCAUGUCGCGAUUGCGAUGGAACCAUUUCAGGUGCCUCGAGCCCCGGAGCUUCGCAGACGCCGCACGCAAUUUGCAGAUGAAGUUCUUGAAUGGUCGCUUCGGUGCCCUCAUUGAGCAUGUCACUGCAGCUGAUCUUCAAAGUCCAGAGCUAGGUCAAAUGCUGCGGCGCACGUGGCUUCAGGCUGGAUUGCUUGUGAUCAGAGGCCUGGACUUGAGCCCUGACGACUUCGCUUCGAUUUCCCGCCAUUUUGGUGUCCUUGGCCCAGUGCCCGCAGGGCGCGAACACGCCAAACUGGGUCCAGGUGGCUGCAUUCUUCGCAUUGGCAAUGUGCGCGACCAGACCGGUAAGCUAAUCUCUCAGCCCUCAUCGACAAAGGAGAAUGUGCUCCUAGAUGGUUCUUCUCAGUAUCGCCCAGCAGAACGUUUGCCAGUGUGGCACACAGAUGGUACCUUCAAGGAGACACCCGAAGCAGGCACAGCUUUGUAUUGUCGGCAAGCCCCCGAAGAAGGAGGAGCUACGUGCUUUGCUGAUGCUGCGUCGGCUUGGGAAGGCUUGGCCUUUGAUCAGCAGCGGCACCUUCUGAAACUGGACUGCAUUUGCAGCUUGGCCCACCAUGAUGCCAAGCUGCGAAAGCGCAAUCCUGAUUACCCGAUGCUUACAGAGGAGGAACGAAAAAGAAAUCCACCUCGGCGGGUUCCCUUGUCGCUGCAGCAUCCAGAGACUGGACGACGCGCCAUCUAUGGCAUCAACUCUAGCACUUGCUUCGUCGUGGAGAAAGGGCAAGAGGUGGAACCAGAAAAACUUGAAAGACAUGAGUUGAGCGGCGAGGAAGACGAUUCAGCUUCUCAUCUGAAUGGUUUCCAGGUGUGUGCGACAGGCUGUAACGUUGGGCCAGAUCUGAUGCAUAUUGAUGCAUUGACUGGUUUCUGAGCCCUACUCCCAAAGUUGAGCACUCAGAUUUUGUAUGACUUUGCCAGGUAUCAAUCUUGCAAGAGCUCUUGGUUCAUGUAACUGCUCCAAAGUACACGGUGUCUUGGUGUCCAUGGUGAUCAUUGGCAUCCAUUGGCUGUGCAGAUCUGUUCAGUAUCGCGGGUUCGUGUAUGCUGGUCUUGUGGUGUUCAAGCUGUAAAGAUUUUUGUGCUUUUUCCACAGGUCUUCUGGCAAUGGAAAGCUGGAGAUCUGGCAAUUUGUGACACGCGUUCCACACUGCAUUGUGCUACUUCCUACAACCAGCAGAAGUUUACGCGAGAGAUGUGGCGCACUACUAUCAUGCCCUAAACGGGAAAGUAAAGUGAGAAAAGCGUAGACGAUUGGACAAGCCAAAUGUCUGCAGCUUCAGAUUGUUCACAGGCCCAGCUACGAAGUUUGAUUUGUCUUUCAAUUCAAAGUUGCCAGGCAUCUCUGCUCUGUCAAAUUGGGGACUUUGAUGGACUUUGUGAAUUCGAUCCGACUUUCGCAGCAGAAGUGCGCAAGCAGUCAUGGGUGAAACGUAGCGCAGAUAUCUCUCGUUCGCAAAGAACGACCGGGGAUACCGACCUUGAAGAGAGUCAAAGCUUGCAUCCGUCAAUUUAGAUAGUUUUCCAAUGGUAAACUCCUAUCCCGAUGUCUCUUGCAUCCGGCUCUGCAAAUCUUCUGAGAACGCGACAGAAUUCGUUGCAAGCGCGCUAGAAUUGCAGAGAAAAGGUGCAGGUAAGGUGCCUGGAUUUACCCGUAGCUUGGUCCGACGUACAUGAUGUUGCCCGAAGCAGCGCCACCAGAAUCCCACAACAGCGCAUCAACUGUAAGGCAGCAUCGGCGGCAUAUCCCGUCAAGGAAGUCAAGCAGGUUGCUAUCCCAGAAGUGAACGUGA